UGCCCUCCGCGUAUGACCGAGAGCACUGCUCAUCACAAGAGUACGUCUUUUCUUGCAGGACGAGAACACCAUGGUUUCAAGGUGUUGUCCUUCUUGUGCUUCGCUCUCUCUUCUUCUUCUAUGCUUAUCUUCACAUACUUGGGUAGGAUCUAGUUCUAAUUUGAACGGUAAGUUGCACGGUAAAUUGAGUCUGUUGAAUGAAAAUAUCCUUCUUACACAGCCUAGUGACAUGGCGUUACAUGAAGAAGCAGGAUUGUUCUUCUUCUUAAAUAAACACAGAACAAUGAGAAGAAAACCUAGCGACAGAGUUCUACUCAUUGGUUAGAAAAUUAUGUAAGGAAAAAUGCGCUAAUCUACAAAAGUCGAACUGUGGAGUAAAUAUGAGACGCCGUCAAUAAAUCACUCGCUUCAUAACCCCCGCUUCAUAGCCCUCGCUUCAUAGAUAAGUAAAGAAAGUUUCUCUGAAUGAGAGAAUCUAGCACAUUGUCUAAAGCAGGCAACAAGUUUUUAAAGUGACAAAGUAUAUCAUAAAUUUUGCAACCACUGCGUAGUUUUCUGUGAAAGCCUUUUGUUUUAGUAUUAUGGUUUUUUUUCAGUUCCAUUUUAUCGUGGCCACAUGGCAUUGGACGAUCCUUACUACAUCCUACUAAUUAAAUCAAUCGAAAAAUUCAAUUCGUAGGUUUUUCUGUAAGCAGGAGUAACCUCUACAUUUUUAAUACGAAAGAUUGAAGAUUUCGACUUUGAAAUCAAUGUAUUGGCGGCUUGCGUGGGGUUGUUACUGCAUUGGUUAUUUGAUAUUGAUCGACUUUGAUCACCCAUAGAAGCUCAAAAAUUUCUUAAUAUUAGUGCCUAGUUUUACAAGUUUUUUCAACAUUCUUAUAAUUUUCUUCAACUCUAUUGAUUUGCAAUAACCCUGUUACAUUUCUUUCCUCUGUUCUCUCAAUGGCGUAUGCGUACUAGCUUUCUUAAUUAUUGCCGUAGUCAGUGUUUAUUGUUCAAAACACGUACAAAACACAAACUAAGAUAGUUUAUUUCGCAUAACAUACUUUUGCAAUGUUGACCGGGUUUUGUAUCAGUAGGGGACACUUAUAUAAUAAGUCACCUUUCUAAAGCAUAUUAGGUUAAUUUUUCGAAUUCUCGUUCCGGCCUUUGUUACCGCGGAUGAAGCAAUUUACUAGUCUUGGUUCAGUUCUGAGGUUACAUUUUGUUGUUUUAAUCUAGAAGUUGUUUGAGAACUGCCAGCUGAACACAGUGAAAUGAAAUGUAACAAAACCCCUUCAUAAUUCUAAUGACAGAAUCAACAUUCAAUAUGUGGAUUGUGAAAUAGCAGGAGGUUCCAAUAGGUGUGAAUCUUCUCUAAAUUAAAAAAAAAUAUUCCGGUUGACAUGGCUCUUCGGGAGAAGCCUUUCUCUGAUCAUAGGCUUCUAUACUGUUCUGGAGAAACUUUUCUGGAGAAACUGUUCUGGAGAAACAGUUCUUUUCAUGGAAGUGUAAGUGUAUUUUAGAUGUAAUACAGAGCAGGGAGGAGAUUUUUUUUAAUAGACUUUGAGAUCCCAUGAUCAAGUGGUGCCCCAGACUGUGGCAGGGAUUAAUCUAUUAAAAUUCUAGAUGUCCAGAUGCUUACUAAAGAUAGCUUGAGGUUACUUGUGUAUUAUGGAUAUGCAGAAUACAGGUGAUGCAAAGUACACGGUACACAGGCUGUAAAGGGAAACACAGUGUAAUCAAGUCACUUUAUGUGGAAUUUUCGUUAUCAAGGGUACAAUUUCGAACUAUGUUUAAAAAAAAUUUUUUAAUUUACCAUCAAAGAAUGGCUUGCAUCUUGAGGGGUAUGUUGUACUUGUAUAAAAAAAAGAGGCUAAUAAGCAAGGUGCACAUUUCCUGUUAAGUACUCUUGUGUGUUUCUCUCAACAAAGAUCGAUAAAUACUCUAAGUUUAAGUUAUUACUUGUAUAGGAUGUAAGAAAUUGAAAUCUGAAAACGUUUUUUUCAAUGUUCGUUUCCAUUUCUUUCCUUAUAUUAUUUGAAUUUAGACUUUGUCUAUUUUUUGGAUAAAAGUAAACACUCAAUUUGCAUGAUAGUGAUGUGUAAUUAAAAAUCGUGCUUAUUUGUUUUGAGCUUUGUUUCUCUAGAGAUAUCAGUGAAUUUAAACAUAUGACUCUAGUUAUUGAAAGCAUUGUACAGGCAGUGUCUUUUGUGGAAAUAUAGAUGAAUUGGCUUGCUGUGAAUUUGAUAACAGACUGGCUGUUAGAGCAGCCUGUUGUUGGCACAUUCAGUCAGUCGAUGGACAAUCAUAUCUUUACCGUUCAUCAGAGGAGGAAAAGAACCUAUGCAGUGGCUAAAAAUAUAACAUCUGACCCUUAGCACAAUUGUUCUUUUAAUGUUGUGGCUCUUUCAAGUUAUCCGCAUCAUGGUUGUGUCUUAAUUGACAGGCUCAUUACAUCAUGCUAGAUGAGAAAACAGUGUUCGUUUGCCUGUUCCUUGUGAAUUGUGGUGUCAUAUUUAUGAUUAUUUUUAAUUUAUCCAUUAAUAUUUUUGUUGAUUUGUUGCUUAUCAAAUUGAUCUCCCCUUACACUGGCACACAUACAUGAUAUAUUAUACUUGCUUUAAACUUGACAAGGAGGCACAGUUUUUUCCUUUUGUGUUCUGUUUAGACAAAGGACUUUUUCCCUUUCAUGGUCCAACCUUCAGGCAUGGGCCUGUUGAAAGAAAUAAGCCAUUGAUUAGAUGCUUUACUUUAACUUUGUCCUUUAUUUCAAACAGAUUGCAAAAGACCUCUGGGUUUACAGGAUGGAAGAAUUUCAAACUCUCAGCUAUCUUCCCCAAAUCACUAUGAACGUUUGUAUGUUGGAGGUGGUGAAAGUGCUGAUAUGAAUCCUGGGUGUGCUCGUCUGAACAAUAUGCUAGCAUGGUGUUCUCCUGCCAACAAGUACUCCGAUAUGCCAGUAUACAUUGAAAUAGACUUAAAUCAGUCCAUGGACAUCAGUGAAAUUGCUACUCAAGGAUUUAGAGCAGCUGUAAACGCAUAUUAUGUGACGCAGUAUAAUGUUUCCUACAGCAAUGACAGAGAUACUUGGAAGCUCUACAAAGAGGUAAACCAUAAAUUAAAUCUUUAUUUUAAAAUUUCUGGAGCACUUACUUGCAUAACCAUUUCUUUAGGAUAUUCUUGCCAUUAAAGGCCUAGGAAAGUUAUUGCACCAAAUUGACUUUUGAAGAAGUUCAUAAUUACAGGGUGUGAAAUUGUGCCUAUUACAGGUGCCAAUGCGACUAAAUUUUUCACUUUGGUGACCAAAUCCUGAAAAUUAGUCGCCAAAUUGGCGACUAGAACGUUUCAUUAUAACCUUACUUAGAGAUCUAGUGAAUUAAAAAGAUUUGCAAAGAUAAAUCCACAGCAAACUUCCUCGUUAAGUUUGUUUCCAAAACGCAGCACAUGCAUCUCAAUUGAGAACUAGAUGCCAUCUUGGAUUUAGGUGGGCUUGAACAUUGCAUAUCAUACAUUCUAGUGUCCUCUUUGUAGCGCAUUAAAUAUCUUUUCCCUAACUUAAUUUCGAACGAUGACAGUGUGAAAAGAAGGUUUUGACUGUCUAUGAAAAUGGCGACUUUUUUUGAAUUGGCUAACACUUUGAAGAAUUUAGGAGCCAAGUGGCUAUCAGAAAAAAAAAUUAAUUUCACACCCUGAAUUAUACAGCUUUUUGCUCAAAGGUUGUCAGAAAAAAGACAAAGUGCAUGCAAAAGUCUGGAAAGGCAAUCUGGGUUCCCAGUUAUCAUUAGAUAAGUGAAACAAAUAAAUGUAGACAAGAGGACUAAUGAACAGGGGAUAAGUACCAACAUGCACGUGAAUACAAGAGGAACAGAAGAAUAAACCAUCACAUUGUGAACAUUUUUUCUUUAGGUCACUUUAAAUUUACUCUUGUUGAGGUUACAUUUUUUCCCCUUCAUUAGGGUCACUGAUUUUGUUCUUUUUUUCAUUUUUCAUCAAGUUUGGAAUUAAAAGUCAGUUUUGCAUACAACAAAAAUUCCAUCAAAUCUGGUGUGCAUCUUACUACAAUGCUGUUUUCCCUGAAACUACCCAAGAUACCUUUCAGAGCUGUUGCAUGUACUAUUAAUUGUUUUUUUCAACAACCUUUCUGCUAACAGCUGUAUAAGGAAUAUUAUAUUUCAUUAUCAUAGUUCGUUCCUUCUCUUGCAAAGAAUAGAGCAAGGGAAUGACACAGUAUUUUACAAGGAAAAAAGGGUUCAUAAUGACUAACUGCAUGCAUUUCUCUCAAAAAGCAAAAUUGAAAUACAUGUAGACUUGACCCAGUUUUGCUCCAAUCAGUCUAAAACAUUUGCAAGUUGUUGCUUCAGUACAUUUUGCUGAUUGGGACAGACGUGUUGCAUAAAAGUUGUUGUCAGUCUGGGGAAUGCCUCUAACUUUUGUGGCAGGAUUCAAGAUUUUACUAGCGUGAUUGUGUUAUCUAUUUGGGGAAUGUUUAAUACUGGAAAUUUGGUAAUGGUGAUACACUGUGUGUAAAUCAUUGCAGGUUUUGGCAGGCAAUACAAAUGCAGAGGCUGCUGUUACAAACACAUUCAAUCCUAAGAUAUCUGCAAGAUAUAUUAGAGUAUAUCCUGUAAAAUACAGACUUAGAGUGUGUAUGCGCUUGGAGCUAUAUGGUCUGAAAAAUUGUAAGUGAAUAUUGAUGUUAUUUUAUUUGGUACCUAUGAGGUGUUGCAUUUAUUUGAAGGGGGAGGCUCAUAAGGAUGCAUGUAUGGGUUAGGAAGGGAAAUUGAUAUUUUUCUUCAGAAAUAUACCCACAUUUAAUGAGUAUAUUACUGGACUGUGUACAUGAAAACCUUUGAUGUUUAAUAAAGAAGAGGGUAGGAGAGGCUUUCAAAUACAUGUGAAUUUUGUGCCAAAACAAGCAAAGUCCACAGAAAAAAAACAACAACAACAGACAUGGUGAAACCACUUUUUAGAGUGAACGAUGAGGGUAGUAGGGAGGAGGGGGCCUAUAUAAGCUUAGAGCCUGGAGCUUAAGGUCAGAAUUUACUGAAUACUGAGUGGGGUGUAGGGGUAUUUACAGAAAAUUCAGACACAUCAAUUACAAGGGUAAACUGAACAAAAAUUAGUGUAUCAUAAUUAAUAGUUGUUUUGUUUCUUUACAGGCUCUGCAGAGAGUAUUCCUCAGCCACAAGAAGAUCCUACGCAGACAGUAACAACUCCCACAACAGCUGCACCAGAACAUCAAACCACUAUAGCCAAAAAUACUACUCUUAGAAAAGAAACAACACGCCCAAAAGAAAUAGGUAUUCUACAGCUGCUAUUAUGUUCAUUGUGAAGUGUAUGUGAUUAAAAAAAAAAUUAAAUGUACUGGUACUUUGGGAGAAUGAGGUGAUGAAGACUACACCCAAUCGAAGACAAAUGAGCCACACCUUUCUUGGUUCAUACCAAUUUCCCUGGGGUGGAUGGAGGCAUUGUGAAAUUGGAUCAGUUAAGCAGGAACUAAAUUUAAUGCAAUGGUAAGUAUGUAAAACAACACAUAAGCAAAUAUGUCUCUUUCUUUUCAUAGAUCCUGUUGACACAGUGACCCCUACUCCAAUUGGUCUUUCAGCCAAAACACUCAAUGUGGCCACCAGUAAGGAGGAGGGGAAGAAUACACCUUUUACCCCAACAGCUGGAGUCCCCAGAUCUGUAUUGCCAUCUCAAGUGUCAGCAGUGGCUCGUCAAGAUGUGGGCUCCCCUUCGGAUUCCAAGCCUCUGAAACCAUCGGGCCAUUUGGUUGUUGCAGUGUCAGUUACAGCUGCAGUUAUAUUUAUUUUUAUGGUUCCUGUGACAAUUUUUGUCAUAUUUCUUUACCAACGCAAGCAGAGCAGGUGAGAAAUUUCAAGGGGUUGUGACUAUUGUAAAAUGCUUCCCUGUGCAGUGUAGUUUGAGUAGUUACAGUGUACAAUGUUUGUAGAGAUGUGAUAGGGUUGUGAUGAAGUACUACACAAACAAUAAUAUUUCACUUGAUGAUGUAAAAGAAAAUGGAAAAAUAUUAAGCUUAGUGAUUUAACAGAAAGAUGAUGUUUUUCAUUGAAUGACAUGGGCACACUUGGAGAAAAAGAACUCUGAGUGCUCCCAACAGGAGCGGAACCUUUCACCUUCCAGUUAGUACUUUGUAUGCUCUACCACUAAGCUCAAGGAGACUUGUGGUAGGCUAGGCCUUUCCACUGGGUCCAUCACUUGCACACAGAUUUAUCAACCAUUUGGUGAUUUACCACUCUAAGAAGUUUAGCAGAAGUUCAAUUUCCAAGAAUGAAAAGGUUCAUGAUUAACUCUAUUCUACAGUUUCAACUUAGGUUGAAACAAACAGUAACUUUUAGAUAUUUUUUUGACCUUCAGUUGUGACAAAUUUCCAAGUACUCAUGACACUUCCAUCCCAUUAACUACUGCUGUGGUGGAUGAGAAUUUGUACAAUGAAGAAUUCAAGUGAGUUUAUCCUAAGGAUCAGUGUUCACUACACAACUGAAUGUUGAAUCAACCUGGUGAACUGCAAAUCCUUGAAUAAGCACCUUGGGUACCUAUAUCAAAUUUUGGUUAAAAUUGCAGGGUGAUGGGGUGCUUAUCUGAUGGAGGCAACUCAUUUUUCCCAAACUGUGGCUAGAGAUUGAUAUUUUGUUUAGUAAGCAUUUGCACAAGAAGAAAAUACAAGCAGCCUCAAUUGUUUAUGAUUACACAAAGCUUAUUCUAAUGUAUUGUUGGGGGUGCAGCUGGUAUUUGUUGUCGACGAAGAAAGUAUGUUAGAAAUGAGCCAAUCUUGUAACUGCCAUUAUUAUAUGUUGGAUUUACUGUGAAAGAUCUGGUACACCUUUAUCACGUAGCGCCAUCUUGGAUUGCGUGAAGUUGAGAUGAUAAUCUCAUAUGUAUGGCAGAUAUUGCAUUUACCAUGUCAAGUUCAAACUCUGCCUAGUUUCCGAGCCCCAUCAUUCUCAGAGUGUCUUCUUUUGCAGAUUGUUAAAAAAAAUGUAAAUAUGCUAAAACGAUUAUUGUAUUUGGUUUUCACAUGGUGUCAUGAAUUAUCAAACCUUGUGUCUGUGCGAUAAUUCAGGCCUGGGUUUUGAUCAUUUAAAGUAUAUUGCUCAAACUCAUCCAAUUAAUGUUGAUAAUACACUUAGUUUGGCAAGAAAUGACUUGUCUUUUAGAACAGGAGGAGAUUAAUGGGGGCAUUUGGCCAGACAGAAGGGAUGCCCAGUUUUGUCUUAGGGGGCAUUUGUCUGAGGGGUGGUGCUACUCAAGAGAGUUAUGGUGUUUCACACCUCUUACACUUUUUUCUGCUCGUUUUUUCUAUAUGACAGGCUCAUGUAUGGUGUACCUCCCAGAAAACACAGUUUAGAAGAAAUGAAAUUCCACAAUAAGUGUGCUGUGUAAACAAGGCUGAACAGAAAGCUCAGGUGGAAAUGACAGAAUAGUGCUGUAAGUUGACAGCUUAUUUUCCAGUCAGGGAAUGAUCCAAACUCAAAAGAGAGGGCGUUAAAAACUUUGUUUUCGCCAGAGUGGAAUUUCAGGUGCUAGAAGUGAAAUGUCAAGAAUCAGAACGUGUGGAUCACAUAUCCAAUUAUCACGUACCAAAGAGUGGAUGCCAUUUCUUUGAAAUAAUUACUGGGGUCAUGUUUAGUUGGCAGGUAGGCCUGCACAAUCAUGUACACCAAGUUCAUCGUACGCAAGAUUAUGGCAGACGAGUGUCAUAAACAGAAGGAUGAAUUUUCUUUCUACCCUUAAUACUUUUUCCCAAAAAUUAGUGUGGAUAGUGGAAUCUCACAUCCAAUCAAGCUACCACGCCCAAAACGUUAAAAUUAGUCAAUAGUUCCAAAUAGCACAUUUACAGAAUUGUGGGGGUAAUAUUAACAAACCAUGGUGAAAAUAUUAUUGUAAGCUGUCCCUGUGAAGAUGUACAAUUUAUUGUGGGACCCUUAUGUCAGUUAUUAUUUUGGGAGAAAUUUGAAUAAGUUUGGGCACUGUCACAGUGAAGACAUGAGUUAAAUUAAAUGUAAAUAAGAUUGUAGACUUAAAUUAAUUUUAUGGAAAAGUCACCCUCAAAAUGUUUCCCUCAAUGGUUAAUGUUCAAUUACAAGAGAAGUGAACUUAGUUCAAGAAUUGUUCAUAUUCUUUAAUUAAAAAUUAGCUAGUAAAAACCCUAAAUUUUCUAGCAUAAUUCUCAAACACUGUUCCAAGGCGAACAUGUUAGUUACCUGCAUGGAAUCCAUGUUUUAAGUCAAUUUUUUUAAUCAAUCAUUUUUGUACACUGUUCCAGAGUGGAUAUGUACAAAGUACAUGGCGAAUAGGAACAUGAAAAUUUCAUAAGUGGUAUAUUUUUUAUGAUUAUUUGAAGCUUACAUUUUGAAUAACAUUUGUACAGUAUUUCUAGAAGAAUAUGUACAGAUGUUCAUUUUAAGACUAUUAUUUCACCAUGGAAAGAAUAUUUUUGUACACCCUUAAGAAAUGACUAGAAAAUUGUUAUUUGGAAAGGACACAAGUGUCAUCUUGCGGUCCCUUUGAAAGUUUUUAAAUGUGAUGAUAAAUCGUUGAAAUUAAUAUCAGCAUUUAGUUAUCGCAGUAUAAAAAAUUGGUCCGCGACUACAACUGUUGAGGAACAAAAAAAAAUAAGCAGUUGAAAGUUAAUGAAGGAAAGUUGCCAGUAAAUGAAGGCUUCGGAGAGAGGGAUAAGUUAGUAUUACGGCAAGUAAUGUCUUUCAGAAAACGAAUUGUGAAGGCCUGCUGUGGGUUGCAAUGAUUGUCAGAUCGGUUGUUAGCAUAUGUUACUGUCUGAAAAGCAGCUUUGUGGAGAUUAUCUGACAGAUCCAUAUCAUAUACAUUUGUAGUAGGAAAACUGUCAGACUGAGUAUGAGUUUUUUUAAUUGUUUGAAUCAAUUUUGUGCAGUAUUCCAGAGUGUCUAUGCAUGUUAUUUAUUGAAUUAAAGUUUUUUAUAUUUCGUACACUAUUCCAGAGCGUUUAUGUACAAAUAAGGCGACUGUUAUUAUCAUGUCAUUUGUGUUAACAAUGUUCCAGAGAGAGCUUUUUUUUUUUUUGCAUACGGUACUGCUUAAAUGUAAAGUGCAAUAUCUCCUACAACUCUAAACAAUGUUAUGUUUAUUUAGGAAUGACUAAUUAUAGAUUAUAAUUAUUUAUAUAACUACUGACAUUACAUUUAUAUCAGUUUACAUUUUUAAUUUCGGCAAUGUUUAGUGAGGUUUGUUAUUGUGAUUUUUGUUUAGGUUUUGUUUUAUUUUAAGUUAAGGGUACGUUUAGGGUUGCAAAGGCCUCUCGACUCGUUGGGAAGUUGCGACUUCGUUUAAAUUAACUUAAGAGUGUAGUGAUUUAUUUGAACGCUAAUAAUAUAUUCCAUACCCCUCACUAAAGAGUCACGCGCGAGUCGAGACGAGAAGUUAUACGAUAUAUUUGAGCAUUACUGUACGACUGUAUUCUUGUUCAAUGUGUUCAGUACUCUUUCUUAGUGCGUUAAUGUUCAGUUCAAGUUGGUUAUUGUGUCCAUUUAAUUGUAACGUAUUUCAAAGAGCGUAUGAAUUAUUUUAAAAAAGGUUCAGAUUAUAUAGAAAAGAAGCUACGUUGAUUUCGUAGUCUUCGCAUUUUUGCACUGCUUUUUAUAGAGCAUGUAAACUUGCUUCGUAAAAGGUUAUAUUGGGGUUCAGGAAAUUAGUUAUUUAUUACGUGUGAAUUUGCUCUUAAUGAACUGUUUUAAGACUCUGCGAUCACAGAAAAUGUCAGCCUCAAAGUGCUUUGAUUCUUGCACUGUUCUGAAUGAGUAUGUAAGGAUGACUCGCUUCGGUUUACAGAAAUUGUGCGCUAUGAGAUAUUUGUCAAGCAGUAAAAUUCUUCGAACUGUUGUUGAGGUUUUAUUAAAAGAUCAAUAAAUGGUUCGAUCCUGUG